GGGGGGGGCGCUCUGAACGUGUGUGACGUUUUACAGCCGGGGGGGCGCGAAAUUGGGGAAACACCUUUUUGUGAGAUCAGUAUUCACGGGACGCCGCUGUAGGUGCAGAAAUCUGCUCCCAUAAGUCUGCAGCUCUCUUCCAAUAAACAGCUGGGACUCGGAGCAGCCUGCGUUCCUCAUUGGACGCUGCCGUUCGGGGGGGGGGGGCGGGCCCCCGGCCACAGGCUGGUAGGGCAGGAAAAAGGGGGCUGGCUUUAGGGGGCGUGUGGAGGGGGGUGGACGCUGGCUGGAAGUGUUACAGCCAAAUAGUUUGAGUAGACACUCUUUUGCUUCCCGCCCGCCUCGCCUCGCCUCGCUUCGCUCUGCGGCUGAGAGGGAGACGCGCUGAGAGAGAAAUCCCCCCGUCUAGGCAUGGACCUCUGGGCUCGCGAGGAAUGACAACGGGCUCACAUGCUCUUCAACUCCACUCGCCGGAGCCGACGGGUGCCUGCUGCGCUCGGGACCAGGACAGGAAGCAGCUGAGCUCCAGGGGACGCGUGAUCUGAGCUCCUGGACAGAAAGUGCCUUUUGAGACAACGUCCCUACUUGAAGAUUUCGUCCGAAGAGCUCCAGAUAUCCCUCUUGAGUCCUGGAUUGGCCCUCGUCUGCUCGCUUUGUGCGAAUAAAACCUCGAGUCAAAGCCGCCGCCUGCUUCGCCGCUGGCCGGGGCGCCAAAGCUUAACGGCGCUGCGGAGCUCAGAGCUGCAAACUUUGCGUUGUCCUAAUAUGUGCCAUUGUACCUUAAAAUAGGGCAUCCCGACACGCCAGCCCCCCGCAAAAAGACAUCAUUACUCACAGGAGGGACGUUUUAAGGACGCGGGGUGCAACCAGGCAUGCCCCCCUCUGCCUCGCCAGAGGACUGCAGUUGAGAUUUACUGAUUGAUGAUCCAGCCGGUUGACUGACAAACUCCACAGCAACACAAUUGUGCGUUCCCAUGCUCAGGUCACGGAGACUUUGCCACCAGAUUUCCCCUCGUGUUUCUGUUUUCUCGCCCGCGAGGACGGCGCACCUUUGUCCCUGAGGCGGCGUGUUUUUAGCUACAUGUCCCAUCAGUCUUAGCUGUUUCAUUUUAUUUCCUGUUUUUUUUUUUUAACUGGGACACUUUGAAACCUCUCCUCUCAGGAUAGCCUCCCCCCCACUCCCCUCCUCGCCCGGCCCCGCAGCCAUCGCCCUUCGACAUGGCUCUAAACAUAGCCUCCAUACGGGACACAAAAUGGCUGACCCUGGAAGUGUGCCGGCAGUUUCAGAGGGGGACGUGUUCGCGCAGUGACGAGGAAUGCAAAUUUGCCCACCCACCCAAAAGCUGCCAGGUGGAGAACGGCAGAGUGAUCGCCUGCUUUGACUCGCUAAAGGGCCGCUGCACGCGAGAGAACUGCAAGUACCUCCACCCGCCCGCUCACCUGAAGACCCAGCUGGAGAUCAACGGGCGGAACAACCUGAUCCAGCAGAAGACGGCCGCCGCCAUGCUGGCUCAGCAGAUGCAGUUCAUGAUCCCCGGAACAACCAUGCAGCCUGUGGUCAGUGCUGGUUCUCUGCUGUGGCAGACGUUUCCAGUCAGCCAGGGCAUGGGCUCCAGUGCUGGGUUGAGCUACGCCCCUUACCUGACCCCGAUGUCCCACAGCAUGGGCCUGGUCCCCACCGACAUUCUGCCCAGCGCUCCCGUCAUCGUGCCCGGCAGCCCGCCCGUGUCGGUGACGGCCGCUUCCUCCUCCAACCAGAAGCUGCUGCGUGCCGACAAGCUGGAGGUCUGCCGCGAGUUCCAGCGGGGCAACUGCGCCCGCGGCGAGACGGACUGCCGCUUCGCGCACCCGAGCGACAGCCCCAUGAUCGACACCAGCGACAACACGGUCACGGUGUGCAUGGACUACAUCAAGAGCCGCUGCUCCCGCGAGAAGUGCAAGUACUUUCACCCCCCGGCCCACCUGCAGGCCAAGAUUAAGGCCGCCCAGCACCAGGCCAACCAGACGGCCGUGGCUGCGCAGGCUGCGGCCACGGCUGCAGCCAUGACUCAGUCGACUGCCAAAGCAAUGAAGCGACCCCUCGAGGCAACUGUAGACCUGGCGUUCCCCCACGGCGUCCUCCAGCCCCUACCAAAGAGACCAGCACUUGAGAAGAGCAACGGCGCCAGCUCCCUGUUCAACCCCAGUGUUUUGCACUACCAGCAGGCGCUGGCCAACGCACAGCUCCAGCAGCCCGCUUUCUUUCCCACAGGGUCAGUGUUGUGCAUGACCCCCGCUAGCAGUCUUGAUCAUCCUGAAGUGAGCGUCAGGAGGGAAGCGGAGUGUCAGGAAGCUGCACUAGGAAGCCCAAAACAGCCCCUCUGUAAAUACUACCUUGCCUCUCCCAUAGAGGUCCAGCAACCUGCAUGCUAAGAGUGUAACACUUCAAUUUAACCACAAGAACUGCAGUGCCGGUGUAACACACACACACACAGAAAACAGAAGAUAUACACAUAUAUUAUAUAUAUAUAUAUAAAUACUGUAUGUAUUGUUAGAAAACAGGAUACGAACUUAAAAAAAAGUCACAAAUAUUCUUAUGUAUUGUGCAAGCAUAGCAGAUACACUAUUUUAGACCCUUUCGCCCCCUUUAGUUGGUUGAAACAGAUGUUUGGUUGAAGCAGCAGACUUUAAAGAGCACCACACCUUCGCGUUCGGCUUUCUCCCGCGCUGCUUGAAACGUUAACUAUCCACGGCUUGGAUAAGGUGGCCCACAGAGCACACGCCCUCCUGAAUCGGUCUAGUUUGUUUUUUUUUUUCUCUUUUGUUGCCCGUUGCUGCAAAGUCGACCCGCUCGCCCCUUUAUUCGCCGAGCUCUGCUUGUUUGCAUGCGGUCAGGACCGGAGAGGCUGACGGCCCGAGCCUGUGCCAAGGGCUGGACAAAGCUGGAGGGUGUAACCUCAGACAUACCAAGCCUUGUUUGUGUACGUGCGAGUGUGUGCGUUGUGUGCGUCGUAUCAGGAAACUGAUGGUCUGCCGGCAGACUGCGACUCUAAGCGAGGACUUGCAAAAGAUAGCAACUCCAGGCCUGGUAGAAGAGUUUUAUCUCUUUUUUUUUUUUUUUUUUUUUUUUUUUUUUAGGACCAGGGGACAUGUGAGGGACUUAAGUGCUAAAUCUAAACUUAAAAAAAAAAAAAAUUUGAAAAAAAAUAACAAAAAAAAAACAAACGGUGCAUUUGACGACACUCGUCAAGCAAAAAAAAAAAAAGAUGACUUGAACUUGAACUGGAGGGCUAUCUGUGACCGUCGGUUGUCCUGUCCAACCCUACUAUCACCGAUAAUCCUGUUUCCAUUUUAGAAAACUGUAGAAGUGCCUAAAAAAUUUUAAAAGAAGCUCAUCGACGACACAUUUAAAAGAAAAAAAAAACAAAAACAACAAAAAAAAAAAACAUUUCCAGGGGUGGAUCGCUAAAGAGUCCCAACCACCACCGGCUGUUAAAACUGUACGGACUCCUUUUUAUCGGGGGGGGGGGAAGACGUUUUACGCGUUGCCGGGAGACGGCUUCCCGGCAACCGCUCAUUUUACAUCACAAGUGACUUUACUGGAAGAAGAGGAUUUCACGGGGAUCGACAAAUCAAAACUAGCUUUGUAGAAUGUUUGGUGACGUUCCACGGUGUGUCCGUCGUUUCUCACAUCGGUCCCAGCGGUGUACACGAGGGAACGCGAGUGAGAAAACAACGUAUUGUAAAACUGUGUAAUGUAUGUAAAGUGUCUGUUAUUUUGAACGUUUCUAGAAAAUGUAUUUGGACUUAUUUAAAGAAGUUGUGUUGUGUCUACUAUCAAGGUGUGUUUGAAUUCCCGCCUCCCUCAACAAGCAUUAUUCUUUCUGGGGUUUUUUUGUUUUUUUUUUUAGGCCAAGAUCAGAAAAAAAUCUAAUUUGGAUUUUUAUUUUAAGCUUUGUCUUUUAAUGUUUUACUCCAUUUGAUCAAAAAUCCGACAUAAUCUCAUGGUGCUUGAUCAACACUGACAAUCCACAAUCAAAACAGUUUUUUUUUUUUGUUUUGUUUUACGCACAUUGUGCACUGUAUGUACCCCGUAGCAACAAUAAUCUCAUAGUGGCCAAUAACAGGAUUUUGGUCAUUUUGAAAUGAACAAAGGCCAAUAAUGUAAUAACUUUCCAAUAUUAUUAUAAAGCUUUUCAGCAAGUACCCUAACAUAUGUUGUAUAGUGUAAUAGGGCACGUUAUUGGCAUGGCGUUGAAAAAAAUCAUUUAAAAAGUUAAAACCCUAACUCUCCUUUCUACCACAUUUCAGUAAAUUAUCAAACUACUACCUGCACUUCAAAAUAAUUAUUUAAGUAUGCACCCAUUUUAUGAAAACAUGAAUAAGACAUUUACAAAUAUUCUACAUAAAGGUAUUUUACAGCAGAUAUAUUUCUAACUGGCUCUUGAAUUUAGGAGGGAGAGUGUUGCACCGUGCUUGUCCUUUAAGAAUAAAUAUCAUCCAGUAUAUAUUUUAAAAAUCAAAUUCCAUAAAAAUGGGCGAAAAGGUAUUUUAAUCCUAAGAAAUGCAGUCCUAUUUAUGCAUUACUAAAUUAUCAACUGCAGUUCUUUAUUAUUUUGUCAUUAUUUUUGCCUUUCAGGGUGCCCCCAUAAAAACUCCUUGGAACCUUGUUACAGAGGAAAGUGCUUAUAAAUAAUAUCAGUUGUAAUAAUCAGACCCAUACAGUGUUAAUUUUUUAAGAUUUAUUAUAUUUUUGUCCUGUUUUUGUUGUAAUAUAACAACAAAUUCUGUAGUUCAGUUCAGCUGUGUUAUGUAGACUAUUUUGUGUUGUAGUUGUUUAAUUUCCAAACAACAAAGGGGCUCGAUUUGAACCCCUAUAAUAGCUCUGCUGCCAACUAGUGGUUAAAUAUAGAAUUUCAUGAAAACUAGCCCCUUAUUCCCAGAAUUUAUUUCCAUUUGUAUCAAAAGUUUCUCUAUUGCCGUUAGCCGAUGCUAAAUUAUUUAUUUAAAUAUAUCCCAUACAGUUGAUGUAAAUUAGUCACAGGUCUCACCAUACAGGACGCCUGAAUUAAACUAUAUUUAAAAAAUGUGGUUUGAAUGGGAGCAAACAUAUUAACUGUUAAAAAAUAAAAUAAAACAUGGCCAAAGGGUCUACAGAGGUAACUGCUUUACCACUAGCAUGGCAAAAUGUUUAAUGUCUCAAAUUGUUUAUUACAUUAUUGGUUCUGUUACUGUUUAGGACGUUUUAAAAUGGUCAAAAUGUUAUCGGUAGUAUUGCGUUAUCGGCCAUUAUUACCUUAUUUGUUGCUACGUACACUUUUGUGAAAGGUGGUAAAAUGUCCUAUUUUGUUGUAAUUUAUCUUGCGUCGCUCUCGGCGAGGUUUUUGCUCAAAGAUGAUGUUGUAAACUAUUCUGUUUUUGAGAUGAAUGUAAUUUAUUGAGCUGCGCUGCGUCUCUGCACGGGUCGGUCCUUUUUUUUCAAAGACGGAAGCCCUUGGUCCGGUCGGCAGAGGGAGGCCGAAGAAGCUCGCCCAACGGCGGAGCCGAAACCGAUUCCGGUUCCGUCUCGCCUUUUCAUCGAGGAUGAAAAGAACAUUUUGGGGGUAAAAAAAAAAAAAAAGAUGACGACGGUGGCAGCGUUGAGCAUAGUACUAGAGUUGCUUGUGUUAUUGGAGGAAAUAAAGUUUAUUGUAUAGAUGACAUUUUACCGACAAAAAAAAAAAAAGUGGGGGGAAAAAAAGGCAAAGAAAAUUUUGAAAAAGUUGUACUUUUCACUCUAGUCUGAUAGUAUUUCAUAACAAUAUUAAGUUGGUGCGGUGGCAACCAAAUGUUGCAGUUACUAAAGUUUGGUAUUUUUGUAAAUGACAUUGUUAAGUUGAUUUUUGUUUGUUUGUUUUUUGCUAGAACACUGUACACAAGGUAGAUUGUAAAGAAGAUAUGAACAUUUCUUAAUCUUCAAUGAGAAUAUAACAGUGGACUGAUAUUUUCAUUAGCAAAUAACAGCCUCUAUACUGACUGUAACACUUCUAGAUUUAAAAUCAUCAAUGUUAUAUAGAUUACAUAUAAAUAUAAAUAUAUAUAUAUAUGUAAGAACUAAAUAUUCUAUAAAUUAUUAAGUUCGGAUGUAAAACUCCUCCCCCGACAAAAGAUUUUUAAGUUUCACACUGAGACGUUUUAUUUGAAGCGUAUUUAUCCGUAGAUUUUAGGAUUGCACUUUUUUUUUUCCACUUCCUUUAGACUUCAAAGGCAUCGGUAAUUAAUUUAACAUAUUGUUGCAUGGGAAAAUAAUAAUUUUCUUUACUUACUAAACGAUAACAUACUGAAUGUUUUUAAAAUUAAAAAAAAAAUAAAAAUGUCUGUACGACCUGCAGCAACCUUGUGUAUGGGAUCCUUUUCAGAUGUAAGGUUUCUUGAAAUGUGUUGGCUGUCACUGAUGGGAUGGUUUAAAAAAAAAGAGAGAGAGAGAAAGAGAGAAAUGUAAGCACUUUCUGAGCAGUUGGUCAACUGAGCAGACUCAGCUUAUCCAAACACUUUGCCUUAUCUUGAGUCCAUCGUGCUUGAGGUUUUAUGUUUCUAACAGCUCUUAUAAAUUAUAAAAAAAAAAACAAUGACUUGAACGGUCUCACUUCUCAAAUCCCUUCAGAGGUUCAUUUCAAAUGUGAGUCUUUAUAUCUGAGAUUUUCUUUUGUUUUCUUUUUUUUUUUUUUUCUUAAAGGAUUUAAUGUGUGCGUCAUAAAGCAAACCGGGAGGACUGCAACCGAGCUGGUCUCCUGAGUCUGUAGUAGCCACGUUUGGUCCCAUCGCCUUACAGUGGAGCAGUUUGAGCGUGUAAUUCGCAGCUUAUGACAGCAGAGGGCGCUACAGAGGAGACCGCAGGUUGCAGCCCUCCUUCACAAAGUUAAACUGACAAUAAGACCCUCAUUGGAUUCAUAGUUUUAAUGUAUUCCUUUUAAAUGUAUUCUUUUGCAUAUAUUUUGUGCUAUUUUAUGUUUAUAUAGUCAGUUGUUUCUUUGGUUCCAGCGAGAUAGUGUAAAAUUUAUUGAGAGAAAGAAAUAAAGAAAAUGAAAUAAC